CAAACAGAACACUCUCUCUACUUCAUACAAAUCAGCAAAAUCAAGAAAAUGUCAAGCAAAAUGAUGGUAGUGGCUAAUUCCCUAACAAGACUAGUACCACAACCACCAGACCUAAUCAAGUGGGUUAAAACUGAAGGUGGUUUUGUUCACAAAUCAAUAAAAAUAGCACAAGAAAGAGAUUGUUUUGGACUUGGUUUAGUUGCUACUGAGGAUAUACCAAAAGGGUCUGACAUUAUUGCCCUUCCUCAGCAUAUUCCCUUGAAAUUUGUGUCUGAAAAUUCAGUUGAUGUUGAUGGGGCCCAUUCUGCUUUGAUUAAAUUAGCUCAACAUGUGCCUGAGGAACUGUGGGCUAUGAAAUUGGGUUUGAAGCUUCUGCAAGAGAGAGCAAGAAAAGGUUCAUUCUGGUGGCCAUACAUCAGCAAUCUCCCGGAGACCUACACAGUGCCGAUUUUCUUUCCUGGCGAGGAUAUAAAGAACUUGCAGUAUGCCCCUCUUCUUUAUCAGGUGAACAAAAGAUGUCGGUUUCUACUGGAGUUUGAGAAACUUCUGAAGCAUGAACUCGAGAAUGUUAAACCCGAUGAUCAUCCUUUUGGUGGCCAAGAUGUGGAUUCAUCUGCACUAGGAUGGGCUAUGUCAGCUGUUUCAUCUCGAGCAUUCCGAUUGUAUGGAAGUAAACGUCCUGAUGGUACCCGCAGUAAUGUUCCUAUGAUGCUUCCACUUAUUGAUAUGUGCAACCACAGCUUUGAUCCAAAUGCUGAAAUUGUACAGGAAGAAAAGAACGGCAAUAGCAAUAUACUUGUAAAGGUGGUCGCAGGAAGGGAGAUAAAGCAAAAUGAUCCGUUGCUACUAAACUAUGGUUGUUUAAGUAGCGAUCUUUUUCUUUUAGAUUAUGGAUUUGUCAUUCAAUCAAACCCCUAUGACUGCAUUGAACUUAGAUAUGACGCUGCUCUUCUUGAUGCUGCCAGUAUGGCUGCAGGGGUUUCAUCCCCAAACUUCUCUGCACCGUCCCCAUGGCAGCAGCAGAUUUUAUCGCAUUUAAAUCUAGGCGGAGAAAACUCUGAUCUCAAGGUGACACUAGGAGGUGGAGAGCUAGUAGAGGGCCGAUUAUUAGCAGCCUUGAGAGUUAUCCUAUCAAACGAUGAAGAAGCGGUGAAGCCGCAAGACUUGGAGAAGCUCAAAUCGUUGGCAUCCGAAGCCCCUCUGGGAAUAUCGACUGAGGUAUCCGCCCUUCGCACUGUUGUCGCGUUGUGUGUAAUUGCUCUCGGACACUUCCCGACGAAAAUCAUGGAGGACGAGUCGUUGUUGAAGCAAAAUGUUUCUCCUACUACUGAGUUGGCUCUCCAGUUCAGAAUACAAAAGAAGUCACUCAUUGUGGAUGUGAUGAAGGAUCUUAGCAAGAGAGUAAAGUUACUCCUUGCCAAAGAAUCAGCUUCAUAAAAGAGCUAAAUGCAUCAACUUACUGAGGAGUUCUUGUACUUGUGGACAUCAUCUCUUUUGUUUAAUUAUUAUUACCGUGGUGUCUGGGCCAUCUUGCUGCACCUUGACUAAUUCCACGAGGUACCUGCUACCUCCCAUUAGGAGAGGUGUCGGGUAACUCUGUUCAUCAAGGCUUGUGGACAUCAUUUUAGGUAGAUUAAAAGUUCUUUUGCCCCCUUUUUUCUGCCAUUUUGGGAAGUCUUAUUCAGUUAUACCUUCACAAAUUCUUGGAAAUUUGGUGAUUAAUUAUGGUAUUCCUUUUUCUUUU